AUGGUGGACGGAGUUGGACCAUUUGUGAGCUUUUCUGAAAUCACAACACUGAGGAGUUUUGUAGCAUGUUUUAUCAUUGCUGUUUCAUAUGUUGUUAGUUUAUAUAUUUACAAAUCACCUCUGCCAAGAGAUCAUCCAAAGACUAUAAAGCAAAGGUUCAAAAGCGUUUUUGUAGUGUCACUUCUAGCUCCUUUGUAUGUUUGGUUCUGGUCUGACAGCAGAUCUGGUGCCCUUAGUGUCAAGUUUUAUUCAUUAUGGAGAUGGCUAGGAAUUCACAUCAAUAAUGUCAUUGUAGCAUCUGUUUUACCUCUUUUGUUGACCAUGGUUCUGUUUCUUGGUCCUUUGGUACUAUUGUUUAUAAAUAAGGAAAUUCAAAUAUCAGAUUUGUCAAAGUCCAUCACUUCAUUGAGCUCAGUGCAGAUUCGCAACUACAUAGUGGCACCUCUUACAGAGGAAUUUGUCUACAGAGCAUGUAUGCUUCCAUUGUUAAUACCAAGUUUUGGAGUUCAAUGGUCAGUCAUCAUCUGUCCUUUAUUCUUUGGUGUUGCACAUGUUCACCAUGUCAUAGAGAGAUUGUGGGUCAAUGGUGAAAAGCCUAAAGAAGUUUGGUUUUCAGCGUUGUUCCAGUUUGGCUACACAACAAUCUUUGGUGCCUACUCUGCGUUCUUAUUUGUCAGAACAGGUAAUCUAGCUGGACCAGUAAUUUGUCAUAGUUUUUGUAAUUUCAUGGGAUUCCCACCUCUUGACGAAGUGCCUCAUUCAAAGUAUCCAUAUCUAAUUUCAGGAUCGUUUGUGCUUGGCCUGGUUAUUUUUCUAUGUAUAGCAAUGCCAAUGACCAAUCCUUCCUGGUAUAAUUCCAUUUAUUACCACGAAGAUGGACUGUUUUCGAUGUGGUAAUGAAUAAAAUAAGAAAUGACAGAGAGACGACAGACCAUUGAAACACAGGACAGAAGCGGCUACUCCUGGCAUGACCUUCUUUAUAGUCAAGUCUCGGUUAUAAUCUGGUGCCCGCAUCAAAGAGUGUCCACUCUAAAGUGUUUUGCCUUCAGUAUAACUUCUUUGAUGUGUAUAUAGUCUAAUGAGGUGUCCGUGACACGGUGGUGUUCGCUGUAUCGAAAGUCUGUGUAAGGCGAAAGCUGAUAGUAUGGGAAAUUUUCCAAGCCUUAUAUACUGUAAGGGUUGACCACUACUGUCAGAACGAAGCUUGCGAUUGAUCGAGACAACAAAACAAAGAAUUGUAGGAUAAUGUUUAACUGUUCUACUGGACAUCUUUCUUUUCUUGUAUUGAAUGCCUCUCUUUGUUAUUUCAUCAAAUGGCAGAGCUGUGUUCUAACAGUAGUGUACAUUUUUUCUGUAAUUACUGUAUUGACUAAAUGAUAGAGUUGAAAUUUUGAGAAUGCACAGACGAUAUACAAGUCUUCCACACACAAUUUAAUUGCAAAAACUAUAAAGGAAUCUCUGUAACAAGUGAAUAAUGUAAUGAGUGAAAUGCAGCAGGGAGUCUGGCCCCAAAGUUUCUGAUAGGUAUAAGAUGAAGAACAUCUUAGAAAACACAAACAUUAGCAUAACGUAUUUUAAAAGAGCAAACUAUUUUUGGAUUAUAUUUUCAAAGCUAAAGAUUCAGAUGUCUUGAUGUUGCUGGAUGUAGAAUUUCUAAUAAAAAAUUCCGAAUAGUUUGAGAAUGUAUAGUAAAUACUGAAGUUGAAUUAAAAUAAAUGCAUGACAA